AUCCAUUCAUCUCCCCUUUUGCUAUCUUGUGUGCCUAUAUCCCAGUGCAAGGCAGACUGACUGCGGGGAAGUGCAUGAAGGCGUAUUACUGUCUUUCCUCAUAGCCUGACCCCGACCGCUAGCCAAAGUUUGCCGUUGUCUCCAAACACCCGACCGUCUUGAAGCUGCGGGAUUAACUCAAGACGAGACGAAGACUGCGGCGAUGGCGGACAAGGUCAAGAUCGCGCUCAUUCAAAUGCACCCUAAGGUCGUCGCGCCAGAGGAGAACUUCGCCAAGGCAGAGACUUACAUCCGCACCGCCGUUUCUAAGGGCUGCUCGCUCGCCGUACUGCCCGAGUACCAUCUUACAUCAUGGGUACCCGACCACCCUCAGUUCGUAUCCGCCUGCGCGCAGUCCUGGACGUACCUUGAGCGGUAUCAGGCCCUGGCCAAGGAACUAGGCGUGUCUAUCGUGCCGGGGACCAUUGUGGAGCCGGACGGCGAGGAGGGGGCAGACGACCUGGACCUUUUGAACGUUGCCUAUUUCAUCGGGCCCGACGGCGCCGUGCUGGGGCGGUACCAGAAGAAGAACCUGUGGCACAACGAGAGGCCGCACCUGACAAAGGGUCCCGAACCGCACGGCGCCUUUGACACGCCGCUGGGGAGGGCGGGCAUGCUGGUGUGCUGGGACCUGGCGUUCCCCGAGGCGUUUAGGGAGCUCAUCCGCGACGGGGCGAGGAUCAUUGUCUGUCCCGCCUUUUGGCUCGCCGACGAGUAUAAGCGCGACAACGGGGCGGGGAACGGCGCGACCGAGGUGGUGAACCGGGACUCGGAGCGGGUUUUCUUGGAGAACGUCAUGGUGACGAGGGCGUUUGAGAACACGGCGGCCGUGGUCCUCGUCAACGCGGGCGGGCCCGCGGGCGGAGGCGGGGUGGAGGUUCGGGAGGAGGGCGGGGCGAGGGUCCGGUAUUGCGGCGUCAGUCAGGUUGCGAUGCCGCUUGUCGGCGCGCUUGGAAAGCUGGGCGCUGAGGAGGCGAUGGAGAUUGUCGAGGUCGAUUUGGGGCUGUUGGAUGUUGCUGAAGGGGCGUAUAAGGUGAGGGAGGACAUGAGGAAGGAAGGGUGGCAUUAUGGGUACUCGAUUGUGAAGGAAUAAGCAACGUUCUCAAGACGACAGUGUACGGUUCACAGGACAUUUAAUAUAGACGGCAGAGAUAUCUUGACUCAAGGUG